AGAGAGGAGAGACAGAGAGGGAAAGCACAGAAAUAUACUGAGAAAAAGAGAAAGGAAAAGAAAGAGGGAAUUGAAGAAGCUUUCAAUUACACCAUAGAAGAGACAACGAUGUCUAAAGGCUUUACAGGCUUUCAUUCUCUGCAACUCUUAGCAAGCAGGGAAAAAGGUGAGAGAAGGGUGUUGCUUCAGAGAUCAUGAAGAAGAAGGUAUUGGUAUGUGAGUAGCGAUUGUUUCUCUAAGGCUAGCCAUUAAAUUCCAAUUCAAGAGUAGUAAAAAUUCUACGAAAUUCUAUGUCCCAAGAUUACCACCACCAAGCAGCUGGCAUCUUCGGCUUCUCUAAUGGCUUCGAGAGAUCAGCGGCCAUUAGCCACCAAGAGCAGCAGCAGCAGCAACUUGACUUGGCACAACAGAUCCGGAGAGAUAAACUGAGAGUUCAAGACUUUGAGCCACCACCUCAGCCAUUAGUAGGGAUCGAAGAGGAAGAAUCAAAUGCUCUUCCUGUAUACGAAACACCGGGCAUGUUAUCAUCGGAAAUGUUCUAUUUCCCAUCGGGCGUGGCUGCCACCGCCUCCUCGUCUGAGUUAUUAGACCAGCCUCUACAGGCUAAUUUUCGAGGACAAAGGCCACCGGCUAAUACCAACGAGUGGUACAGCAACAGGCAAGGUGUUGUUGUUGGGGGUUUGGGACAGUUAGGUGAAUCGAAAAGCCACAAUAACCGUGACAGUUUAUCUCAACAGCAGUUACCACCAAGCAUGAAUGCCGACUCGGCAGCUUCCAUGCAUCUUUUCCUGAUGAAUCCACAGCCAAGGUCACCAUCUCCUCCUCCUCCAUCAACUUCUCUUCAAGGGUUUAAUGUAUCAGGUCCUGGAGGGAAUUUUCCACCUCAGUACACCUGGGUUCCCGAUAGUUCCCAUGAAGGAGGUAACCCAAGUGAAAUCGGAGGUACAGUUGUAGAAGGACAAGGCCUUUCACUAUCUUUAUCAUCUUUGCAACACUUGGAAGCCGCCAAAGCCGAAGAAUUGAGGAUGGGAGAUGUCGGGUUACUGUACUAUAACCAAGGAGGCCCUUCUGCUACUGCUACCCCUCAGUUUCAGUACAAGCAUUUGGGUAGCCAUCAUCAUCAUCAGCCACUGCAUUUGCAAGUUGGUGUAGGACAAAACCACCAGGUUCAUGGUGGGUACGGCUCCUCGUUAGGAAUGGUCAAUGUGUUGAGGAAUUCAAAGUACGUUAAAGCCGCUCAAGAAUUGUUAGAAGAAUUCUGUAGCGUGGGAAGAGGCCAGUUGAAGAAGAAAACUCUCGGCAGAAACAACACAAAUCCUAGUUCUAAUCCGGGUAGUAUCGGCGACGACGGUUCUUCAUCAAAAAAGGAUCUCCCUCCUUUAUCAGCUGCUGAUAGAAUUGAACAUCAAAGACGGAAGGUCAAACUUUUAUCCAUGCUUGAUGAGGUGGACCGGAGGUACAACUAUUACUGUGAACAAAUGCAAAUGGUGGUGAACUCAUUUGAUCUAGUGAUGGGGUUUGGUGCAGCGGUGCCUUACACAGCCCUGGCUCAGAAGGCAAUGUCGAGGCAUUUUAGGUGCUUGAAAGAUGCCAUAUCCGGACAACUGAAGCAUAGCUGUGAGGUGUUGGGUGAAAAAGAUGGAACAUCCGGCAUAACCAAAGGAGAGACACCGAGGCUAAGGAUGUUGGAACACAGCUUAAGACAACAAAGAGCGAUCCAUCAAAUGGGUAUGAUGGAGCAUGAAGCUUGGAGACCCCAAAGGGGACUGCCUGAAAGAUCUGUCAACAUUUUGAGGGCCUGGCUUUUCGAACAUUUUCUCCACCCGUACCCAAGCGAUGCAGAUAAGCAUCUGUUGGCUCGACAGACAGGUUUAUCGAGAAAUCAGGUUUCAAAUUGGUUCAUAAAUGCCAGGGUUCGGUUGUGGAAACCCAUGGUGGAAGAGAUGUAUCAGCAAGAGUCUAAUGAAGAAGAGGGAGAUAAUAAAGAAAGGAACCCCAUGGACAGCAACAAUAUUUCACAGACAUCAACGCCUUCGACAACCACUGCAGGCGAGGCUGGUGGCUCAUCAACACCGCCACUUACGGCUUCAACAAUGACGGUACCAGCAGGCAAAAGAUCCGAAAUCAAUUCCAUGGAAAACGACCCUUCUUCUCUCGUCGCAAUCAGUAAACAAUGCUUCUCGCAACACCAAGCCACCCACGUCACUGCAACGGAGGUGGCGCCACUUGUCUCCCAGCCUUUCGCCACCACAACCCAUCAUGACUCGGAUAUCCACCAAAGGUUUUUAGCUGGCGUUGAUGACACAUGCCAUCGUGGCAGCAGCAUUGUUGCAGCAGAUUAUGGGACCACCAACACUGGUAACGCUGAGAUCGGUUCAACUCUCAUAAGGUUCGGAAGCACGGCUGGUGAUGUAUCUCUCACUCUAGGUCUACGCCAUGCUGGAAACAUGCCCGAUAAAGCUUCCUCUUUCUCGGUUACAGACUUUGGGGGCUGUUAAUUUCAAUCACAUAUUCCAUAGUAUUCUCUUGAAAUAGAAAAAAAAAACACCAUUAAUCCCAUUUUCAUUUCUUCUUUGUUCCUUCAAUUUUAUUAAGAAACAAAAGCUGCAUAACGAUAAACGUAGCGUCAAGCUAGCU